AUGCCUUCAGGUUACCAUGAGGUCACUCCAGGUAUCGAGAUCAAUUAUACGAUCCAUGAACCGACGACAGUGACACCAGCCGCUAAACCGUGGAUUAUUCUUAUCAGCGGCUUAGGAGAUACACAAGGGACCUGGUUCAACCAAGUGCACGCAUUCACAGCUGCCGGGUACACGGUGCUGACAUUUGACAAUCGCGGUGUCGGCUUGUCGUCGCGAGCAAGGACGCCAGGCGAACAGUGGACGAUUGGAACCCUGGCUGGGGACGUACGAAGUCUGGUGAAAGCACUUCCAGUCCCUACACCUUACCACGUUCUUGGCGUGAGCAUGGGUGGAAUGAUCACGCAACGCUACGCGCUGGACGUGGUAGCCGAAGGCGCGGAGGCCGAGUUGGCCAGUGUAAUACCUGCAUGUACCUUCGCGACUCCCAGUACGACCCUUGUUCGUCUGACCAAGCUGAUUGUCCGGAUUGCGACUUCUAUGUCUGUCGCCGAAGCAAAUCGUGUCGUCGCCUUCCUGUGCUGGACGCCGGAGUUCUUCAGCAAGCCCGAGAACCAAGGCAUGCUGGACGAGAUGGACCGCGAGCUGGAUAAGAUGGACGACGAUGUGGAGGGAAUGGGUCUAUCGAGUUUCUUGGCUCAGUUGGACACGGCCAAAUCCUUUGAUGUUCGAGAAGAAUUGGUACGCUCGCAGUUGGGGCUCAAGACAAAAGUCAUUGUUAUCGCUGGGGAACAGGAUAUAUUAAUCCCAACGUCGGUCUCCUACGACCUCCACAAUGCUAUCAAAGGAAGUAAGUGGCGAACUGUAAAGGGCGGCCAUGUAUGUAAGUUGGAAUGUCCCAACGAGUUCAACAAAGCUUGUCUGGAUGCAUGGGAGGAGGUUGAGAGUGAGAGAGCAAGCCAAUAA